GGAAAUGCCCAGGAGUGUGUGUCACCUGCUCCCGACUACUUGUUGAUUCCAAGGAGCUUGGUCUUCUAACCCUGGGCCCCCAGAGGACCGUAUCACUCACCCCGGCCCCGGGGAGUACCUGAGACGUCCAAGGAAGCCACUCUACCCCCAACUUCACAGCCAUGAGCAAGUUGGGCAAGUUCUUUAAAGCAGGAGGCUCUUCUAAGAGCCGAGCUACUCCCAGCCCCCAGGAGGCCCUGGCCCGACUUCGGGAGACGGAGGAGAUGCUGGGCAAGAAACAAGAGUACCUGGAAAACCGAAUCCAGAGAGAACUCACCUUGGCCAGGAAGCACGGCACGCAAAACAAGCGAGCUGCAUUACAGGCACUAAAGAGAAAGAAGAGGUUUGAGAAGCAGCUAACUCAGAUUGAUGGCACACUGUCCACCAUUGAGUUCCAGAGAGAAGCCCUGGAAAACUCACACACCAACACCGAGGUAUUAAGGAACAUGGGCUUUGCAGCAAAAGCAAUGAAAGCAGUUCAUGAAAACAUGGAUCUGAACAAAAUAGAUAAUUUGAUGCAAGAGAUUACAGAGCAACAGGAUAUUGCCCAGGAAAUCUCAGAAGCGUUUUCUCAACGGGUUGGAUUUGGUGAUGACUUUGAUGAGGAUGAGUUGAUGGCAGAACUUGAAGAACUGGAGCAGGAGGAGUUAAAUAAGAAGAUGACAAACAUCCGACUUCCAAACGUGCCCUCUUCUUCCCGCCCAGCACAGCCAGAGAGACUGUCAGCAAUGCCCUCCAGUGCACAUCGCUCACGAGCAGCAUCUUCCAGGAGGACAGAAGAAGAUGAGGAUAUCAAACACCUGGCAGCUUGGGCUUCUUAAACUAAAA